AUGCUGCGCGUAGAGGGGCUCAAACGAGCUUAUACCCGCAAGUCUGAAGAGGUAAGGAGAAGAAAACGGGUUGUUGAUGACGCCCAUAAUGUUGCUGACUACUCUUUGUACAUGCAUGGCUUAGAAUCUAAAUCUAUACGCAUGGAACAGGCGGAGAAGACCAAGGCCCUCCAACAGCAGAUUGAUCAGCUGAAAAACCAAGUUGACCAACUGCAGGCGUCCCUGGAUGAUGCCAAUAAAAAGUUGGAGGAACAGAAAGAGCCCCUCCAACGGCUGAGCAAGGCGGAGACUGAAAAUGGCCGCCUUGCCAAAGAGAAUGAGCGCCUGCGCAAAGAGGCGGCUGCUGCCAAUGAGAACUUCAAGGCCACCUUGGAGUCGGAGCAGGAGAGGCUCAUUGAAGAGAAUGA